AAAUCCCAAAUGAAAAGGGCAAAUUGGUCAUGAGACAGGAAGAGACAAUAACUAGCAGUACAAAUCUUGUUCAAAUUCCCAGACACUAACAAGGUCCAAGGUAGGCAGUAAAUUACUCCUAUUUACUAAGCAAAAAGAACACUCACAGCUUUCAUUUGAAAUCCCCUGUUUUUUUCAUACUAACGAGGUUGCACGCCUAUUACUUCUCCAGCUCUUUCCUUCUCCCUGCGUCUUUCUCGCAAAACCCUCGCGAUAAAACCACCCACAAGGCCUCUUUUUUCAAACCCAAAAGAACAAAGUUGGUAACUUUCGUUUGCCAAAGUCCAAGCUUUCUCUUGCUUUCGCUCUCAAGCUAUAAACCCAAAACCACCCAUAUUUUGGAACCCAAAAGCUAAACAAAGUUGGUGGAGUGUAGAGAAUGUCAACAACAACAACAACAACAACAACUGCAACAAGAAGAGCAAAAUGGCAAUACCCACCACCGCCGCCGACCCCAAGAAUCCUCCAUUUGCCACGCCGGCCUCGGCGGAGAGUCACCAAGACGGUGGCUUCCAAACCUGCCUCCGCCGAGGCCCGGCGUGACCGUCAAGGCAAGCUGGAGGCGCUUUUUGAUCAAGAGCGUGCAUUUUCAAGAACUGGGGUUCCAAUAGUGGUGUUCGACUAUGGCGGUGGGGCAUGUGAGAGGAGGAGAGUGAGAGUUGAGGAUAGUAGUAGUAGUAGUGAGAUGGUGGAGGAGAAGUGGAGGUUCCAGGCGGAGAUGUUGAGGGCUGAGUGUAAUUUGUUGAGGAUGGAGAGGGAGGUCGCUGUCAAGAAGUUGGAGAGGAGCCGGGUGAAGAUGGAGAAGACUCUGAGAUCCGCUGUUCAGACUUUGGUUUCUGGAAGAAAGAAAAUUUGUGAAGGAAAGAAUGUGAGCUUGAUAUUGGAGGAAGAGAUCCAAGACCUGGUAGAGAAACUAGAGAAGUUGCAAAGGAGUUCAGGAGUAAAGGGUCUCCAAGCUAAGAAGUACAGUAAUUUUGAUAAACAAGUGUCUCUUCUUCAGAGACGGCUAGAGAAGUUUGGAGUACCAUCGGACGAAAUAUGCGCGGAGGAGAUCUCAUCCGUUAAGGAGAUACGGGAGAUGGCGGAAGCAAGCUUGUCAAUCAAAACAGGUUGUAGAGUCGAUGAGAGCUUUGUUUCAAGUGGCAAAUGCAAUAUUUCGCAGGUGGAGAUUCUAAGAAGGAAGAUGGAGGGGCUGUCAAAGGGGAUUUUGUUAAACAGAAUGGAAGAGGAGUAUAGAUCAAUGCUUUCUACAUCAAACAGCUCUGUUGCCAGUUCUGCCUCCUCUUCCAAGCGAAUUGAAUUUCCUAAUUCAUCUUCUUCCUCAAUAAGACAACCUGAUCAGGAGACAAUGUCCCGUGACGAUAACCUGUGCUCAGGGCGUUGCAAGGCUGUAGUGCGAAAAAUUGUAGAGCAAGUCCGAGUUGAGACAGAGCAAUGGUCACAGAUGCAGGAGAUGCUAGGGCAAGUGAGGAAGGAGAUGGAAGAAUUGCAGGCUUCUCGAGACUUUUGGGAAGAUCGAGCCCUCAACUCUGAUUAUCAAAUCCAGUCCCUACGCGCUGAUGUGCAAGAAUGGAGACAGAAGGCUCUUUCAUCUGAAAGCAAAGCAAAUGCGCUACAAGGGGAAAUGUCUGCGCUCCGCUGUGAGCUUGAAUCGAUGAAGAAGGAUCAAAACUCAGGAGUUAUGAGGGCUCCAGGAAUCACCCAGGAUGCACAAAACGAGAUGGAGAAGCGAGUACUAGUUUGUCGCUUGAAGGAGAAUCACUGUACUAGAGAUAAUGUCAGCAAGGAGGCCUCAAGUGAUGGAAGAAGAAAAGCACAUACAUCUACUGCUCCAAAACGAUCACCUUUCCGAGAUAUUAGCAACUCAUCAUUGCUGAUGAGGCAAAAUAGCAGAGCCAUUUUCCCUUUGCAUAGCCCCCUCCCGACCGAUAUGGCGGAGACCUAUUUGAGAGAGUGAGUGACAGUGACUGUCUGCUAGGGCAAUUCUUGUUGUCUAACUAUAUCGAAUGUAGCACUGCAUAAUGAAAUAGUUAGCUCAAAAUAUUUGCAGGGAGUUUCUUUGCUGGAUU